CAGAGGAGGCUCUUAAAUAAAAAUCUACAGGUCUCUGAGAGACAGAAAUCUUGUUUGUUUAGACACCUGGCCCUACGCCCCCACCGCUGAUUCCUAUCGAUCAACUGCCGACAGAUGUCAGGAGCGUUGCUCUUAAAGGUGAGAGCCACACAGAGAAGGUGGAGCUGUUGAACCCUGUGAAUCUGGCUCUGGAGUGCACCUGGAUAGGUAACAAGGACAAACUGGCAAACAUAACGGGGCUCUGGAAGAAAGAUGGCGAGGAGGUAAAGAACAGCAAUCAAACAGUGCCGAUGGAGAACGAUCAGUAUAAUCUCAAACGAGUGUUCAGCAUUGUCAAUGAAGAAGACCUUGGAAGUUACACAUGCGAGUUUGGAAGUAAAGCCAAAAUAGACUUUGUUUUGGCAGCUCCACAGAUCGGGGAAGUGCGAGACAAGCCGAUAGUCAGCUAUGUGGGGGACUUUGCGGUGAUCACAUGCAAAAUGGAGGAGACCAAACCAGAGCCCAGAACCUGGUACUGGUACAAAGCGAACGGUACAGACAAGGAGCAGAUUAUUGCAGCUGAAGAGCCUCUUCGAUAUGAAAUCAAAAAUGAAGAAAGGAACACCAAACUAGUGGUGUCCAGCCUGGUGGAGGCCGACGGAGGCUUGUAUUUCUGCGGGGCGGUGUACGCCAUCAGCACCAGCAUGAGCAACGUAGAGCUGAAGGUCAUCAGCAUCCACGAGCCUCUGAAGCCCUUCGUCGCCAUAGUGAUCGAGGUGAUCGUCCUGGUCGCCAUCAUUCUGCUCUACGAGAAAAGCCAGUCUAAGAAAAACAACACAGCAGCGGAGAAUGGGACUACAGAACAAACAAAUACACUGACUCAAGGAGAAAGUAAUGGACCAGGGGAAAGCUCUUCGAUGAGACAAAGAAAAGUGUAAAGACUUGAAAUCCAAAAAGAUCCAAGCUUCUUUAAAUUUGCUUAUAUUCAAAUGUGAAUGAUAUACUUUAAAAAGCAAUAUCUCAGCAACUAUUUUGUGUAUGUUUUUACCAAACAAAGUGCAAUAACAUGUUCACAAGUAGCCUCUUUUAGUUCUAAUGUUCACUCUUAUCUCACUGGAACAUUUUUUUUCUAUUUUAAUCUGUGCUGUCAUGGCAGCUAAAAGAGCAAAGCAUUUACCUUCUGUGUUAUUUUCUCUAUCUUGCCCUGUAUUCACCCACUUCCUGUGGAAAAACUCAAAUGCAUCGCUUCUUUGACACCUCUCUCAAACAUUUUUUUUAUUUCUGGCAAGUUAAACCUCAACUUCCCUUUACUUUUUAUUCAUGAGUAAUGGUUUGUGAGCAGUGCCUUACACUCUUCACAAGCACUUUCAUUCAUAUUGUGCUUCUAACUGUCUUUUUGUUUAUCUUUCCUUUUUUUCAUACCUUUAGGUUUUCCCAAAAUGCUGUUUAUUAGCUUUAAUAACUUGUGUGUUUUUCAUGUUGAUGUAUCAGAAGGUGGUCCGAGUUAUCAGCCUGCAUUUAACCUUAAAGGUGUACCACUAUAUGUAAACACACAAAGGAAAACUACCAAGUCACUGCCUGGAAUAACUAAGAACGCCUUUGUGUAGCUGGUAUGGAGACAGUGUUUCUAAAGAGAAACCUCAAAGUCUGCUUGUACAGAACUACUGCACAUGUGAAAAGAAGUUGUAUAAAUCCUUAUGAGGCUUCAGAUGGAGAAGAAGAAAGGAUAUAUGGAAUAAAAGAGGAUAUAUCUGCA